UUUUUUCUUCAUUCGGUCAGCGACCGUUCGUGUAGUAACAUAGUAAGUCGUGUGUCCGUACGCGUUUGAGAUUUCCUUCCCUUUUGGAGGGCAGUAAAAAACGUACGAAAACGUCCGUCGUGUGUAUUCCACGAGAGCGCAGUGUUUUUCCUCUCACGCGACCGUUCGGUGCAUACAGAAUUGCAUACCUAGCAAUAUCCGUACGGUUUCUUCCGCUUUUCCGCGUGUCCUCGCGCAAGUUGAGUGAUUACUUCGAGGAUCCGGAACUACCGGAAAGUGAGUGCAACACGUUGAGCAAGUGCCAAGGCAAAUGAUGCAGCGUGCAGAUCAAUCAAAUUUCAUGACAUACUUGGAUUUCAUCACGAUCUUGUGUACAGUGCCAGUUUGAGAAAGUGACAUAACUCAAAUAAAAAGAAGUGUGGAUCAUCAACGGUUUUAACCAAGUGGUGCUAGAAAAUUUCACAUCAGCUGCAGCUAUUGAUGGGCAUUUACUGUUGAUCAAACACAAUACAUCGUCCUGGAUUAAAAAUAUACACCGAUACUUCGAACGAGCUAUAUAUACGCACAUGUAUUGUAUAGUAAACAGUGGUGUAAUCAAAGAUAGAUCGUUGAAUAACAAAUGAGGAAGAAAUACAUAUAAUGAUUGAUGGAAUGAGAUUUAAGUGAAUCAUUUGUGUAACAGUGCAUUGCAGACGUGAAGGAACUUCGACAGCUUCAAGUAGUUUGGUUCACGCAUUAGUGGACACAUAAUAAAGAUUAUACAAAUCAACACUAUUUAUUGAAAGUGAAAAUUUAACGCGCAAAUAUACCCUACAGUUUUAUUUAUUCUGCAACUCUAUAAUGUACUGAAAAUGCAGCCUAGUGACAAUGCCUUCUCACUCACUCCAACGCACCAGAAAGUAGUUCACGAAAACAGCUGAAAAUAAAAGAAAUCCAAAUUAACCUAGAAUAAUAAAGUGACGUACAAAACAAGACCGGUAACACGAGACGAGAGAGAAGAAAUAAAAGUGAGAAAAAAAGUUUUCGUAAAAAAGGAGGAAAAAAAUCUGCUCUCUUCCUGGUUUGUGCAACCGGAGAAAAUAACAUCACCAGCACCAACAACGACAGUGUGGCAACUCAUCUGAGCGUUAUUGUGUGCUCUCUGUGUGGUGACUUCAACGCCAGUGUUGAAAGUUAAUCGUGCAUAAAAAGAAAAUAAGUAAUUAUCCUUUUAAAUAAGAAAAUUGAGGCAAAAAAGGAGAGGCAUACAGGAAAAAGAAAGAUGCUCAGCCAAGUUGAAAAUUGGGAAAAAGAAGAGAAGAAAAUAAUCGAUGUGCUACAAUUAUAAGUGAGAUAAUUCCGUUGUUUUCUUUCUCUCGUAUUUCUCUCUGCUUGCUUGGUACACCCGCCCCGGUCGGAUCCACCCCCGACUGUUGCUGGCACAUCAACAAACUACUAUUCGGACGACUGCUACUACCACUUUUCGGCCCACCAUUGUUGUCGUAACAACGGACGAUUUUUUCUGUGUGCCGUUACCAUGGAGACUAGUUAUAACAGUGGAAACGGAGAAUUCGACGUAAAUAUGUUCGAUCAGUACAUUUACAAGCGAAACGAGUCGAAUCUCGACGUAUCACUGUCGGUGCCACACUACAAUGGCCAGCAUGGGCAGCAUUACAAUAUGAACGAUCAUACCUUUCAUACGCCAUCGUUUGGCGACGAGGAAUUUGACAUUCCUACAAUGAACUCACAUCUUCAUCCUCAACAGCAGCAACAACAUCAACAACAUCAACAACAACAACAACAACAACAGCAGCAGCAACAACAACAACAACAGCAGCAGCAGCAACAACAACAACAACAACAACAGCAGCAACAUCCACAUCAAACGCAUCAGAUGGAACAGCACCAGUAUCAAAUGCACAAUAAUGGCCAACCGCCGCCCCAUAUGGGAAUGCUAAAUGACCAGCAACAGCCACAACAGCAGCAGCAGCAACAGCAACAAUACAAUCAAUGGCAUCAGGAAUCACAUUUAACUCACCACAGUUCGUACUCAAUGCCGUCACCAAAUCAGCCCACAUAUCACCAGCUGAAUAGCCCUAGUCCAAAUAAUCCGAACGCAACCUUGCACGUGAUGCAACCACCGCAGCAGUCGCCACAGAUUCCACCGCAAAUGUCACCGCAGCUGGGCUCCGGUGCACCCGUCGGGACAGUUCCUGGCGGCUACAUGGGCAGGUCCCCUCCUCAGCCAGGAGGUGGUGGAGGUCAUCAUAUAAACAAUAACGAACCAGGCACGACCAGCGAGGAUAGCGACGAUGCCAUUCCGGCCAACACGUUGAAACGGCCGUCGCCUGAACCGGUGUACGAUGGGGAUUCUAACAAUUCGAAAACAUCUGCUGGUGCGUCACUAGCGAAAAAACCAAAGGUAGCCAAAAAGAAGAAGAAACGGGACCCUAACGAGCCGCAAAAGCCUGUAUCCGCAUAUGCACUAUUCUUCCGUGACACUCAAGCUGCCAUCAAGGGCCAAUCUCCGAAUGCAUCGUUCGGAGAAGUGUCCAAAAUUGUUGCAUCGAUGUGGGACGUGUUAGCGACAGAGCACAAAAACGUGUACAAGAAGAAAACCGAGGCUGCCAAAAAGGAAUACCUAAAAGCAUUAGCGGCGUACCGAGCGAGUUUAGUGUCCAAGGGUACGGAAGGAGAUUCACAGCAGCAGCAAUCGUCCCAGCAACAUCAGCCAAUGUACUCACCACCCCCACCGCCCCAGCAGCAUUCCGGCCAGCAGCAACAACAGCAAAGCAACCAUCUGGUGAAUCAUUCACAACCAUCACCCCAACACGGCCAACCGGUUCCGCAGGUGAGCCCCCACAUGCCAAUGCCGGGCCAAGGGGGUCAGAUGCCACCGCAACCCAACAGUUAUCCACCGCCGUACGCCUCACCGUACAAAUCACCACAGCAGACCAUGAUGCAAAUGCAACCGCAUCUUCAACAUCACAGUCAACCACCGAUGCACCCGGGCCAAGCUCAACCUCAGCCGCCACCCCACCACAUGCAGAUGAACCCUAUGACCGCCCAGCAGCAGCAGCAAAUGAUGGUCCAGCAACAGCAGAUGGGAAUGCCACCGCAACAGCAACAACAACAAAUGCAGCAAAACCACCUUACCAAUGCAAACAUGAACGGAAUGAUGAAUAUGGGCAUGACACCACCGCAAUCGCACUACAUGAAUCAACAGUAUUCUUCGCACCUGACAGAUGUCGCACAGUCAGCAACAAGGACAACAGCACCCGCAGGCUCCUGGCCACCAGAUGCAGCAGCAGCAACAGCAACCGGGUGGACACAUGAGCCCCCACCAGGUUGCUCCACCACUGUCCGGCAGCCCGCCGCAGCAGAACGCAACUCCCCAGCAAUGUAUCCGUCACGGUUGUCAGAACCCGGCGAUCGUCAAUUCCGACUGGGAGGAUGAGUACUGCAGUAACGAAUGCGUCAUUACACACUGCCGGGACGUCUUCGGCAACUGGGUUCAAACCAACAAUCCGCAACAGCAAACAUACUCGGCUGUUAAGUAAGGAGUUGGCCAAUGAGCCUUUGAUGCAGCCCAGGAAGGCAAACAAAAAAAAAGCGAAAGGGUGCAAUCGCAAGAGGCUCCCGUUCAAAGCGUAACUAUACAUAACUAUAAUCGAUUCGUAAUUAAUUGUUAUUACUAAAACAAAAUUACACACUUUUUACAAUGAUACAACUUUUAAACUAAGACAUAACACACUAUAGCUAAUAAGACGUAAACAAUAAAUGAAAACAUUAUAAAACAAAAUAUUAAUGAAUUGAAUUCAGCAAAACUAGUAAUCUAAUGAUUAGACAUAAAACUAAUACGACAGAAAAGACAGCCAAAAGUUGCAAUUACUUUUAGUGAAACAUUCAAACAGAAGCAAAAGAAAACAAAACUUGUUAAGCAAUUUCUAUCGUACAUCAAUCGUUCCCCUUCGUUUUGUUUCAUAAGCCUAUAAAUAUUUGUGUAAAUACUUUCAAACUUAUUUCUUCCCAUGAGAAGCAAAUGCAAACGGAGAGUAAAUGCAGAAACAUACCGCGAGGCUGUAUAUUGUUAUUCCUCUUCUUAAUUUAUCUUGAUGAUGUUGUUUUCAAUUAGUUUGUAAAGUGAGAUGAACGAUCACAAUAUAGGCAAAUAAUAAAUAAGAUAAGUAGUUGUCGUUACUGAAAACCAACAAAUAAAUUACUUUGUAGUAUAGAACAAAAAACACAAACACAUCCACAUUCAAGCAAAGCAAGAAACACAUACUAAAAUAAUGGAAAAGAAGCGAACAACUCAUAUUAGGCUAAAUUUGAGUGUAAAAAAUAGCAAGUUCCGAAGCGUAUUAUAAAAGAAGGAAGCAAUUGUCAGUCGGAAGCGGAUCGAAUGCUGGAAGCAUUCGGUGCUAAAUGGUUGAAAGUUGAAUAUCUACCAACUCUCAGAACUUCAGUGCAAGCCAUCCUCAUUACCAUCGUUCAUUGCUAAAAUCAUUACAUGAAAACUCUAAAAUAAAACACCCUCUUUUCGAGAGAAGAAAAUGCAUAAAAACCAAUAGAAAAAUCUCAUUUGUUGGGUAAAGAGUCCCAGUCUGAUUGUCUGACUCCAGCAACAAACAGUGGCAAAAAUAAUGACGAGUGGCUCUUGCAAGAAGAAGGAAACCAACAUGCAUACUAAUAAAAAAAAUACUAUUUUGUAGAAAGUUAA